AUGGGUAUUAUUAAGUGUGGGGGGGUUGGUAUUGGUGGUUGUUGUGGUGGUGGUUGUGUGUGUUGUUGUUGGUUGUUUUGUGUGGUGGUUUUGGGUUGGUGGGGUGGGGGUGGGGGGGGGUGUGGGGGUGUGUGGUGGGGUGUGUGGAGAUUGGGUGGGGGUUGUGUGUGUUGGGGGGUGGGGUGGGGGUGGGUGGGGGGGGUUUGGGGUGGGUGGGGUGGGUUGGUUUGGUGGGGUGUUUGGUGUGGUGGUGGUUGGGGGGGGUGGGGGGGGGGGGGGGGGGUGUUGUUUUGUGGAAGGACAUACCAUGUUCAACGGCCAUUGUCCCUUGUACACAUUGACACUAAUCACAAGCUUAUCAGAUACAACAUUGUCAUAUUUGGAGCAAUCGACGGGUUCUCCAGAAAGAUCAUGUAUUUAGAGCCAGCCACAAACAACCGAUCAAGCACUGCUCUGUUGUUUUUUCAGCAGGCAGUGGAAAAAAUUGAUUGGCCCUCCAGGGUUCGAGGUGAUGAAGGUGUGGAAAAUGUGGCCGUAGCUGAAACAAUGUUCCGUGUGAAAGGGACUGGAAGAGGGAGCUUCAUAGCCGGAAAAAGCGUUCACAAUCAACGAAUUGAACGUCUUUGGCGAGAUGUUUGGACCAGUGUAACGCAACUGUACUACGAUGUACUACACACUCUUGAGGAGGAUGGCUUUCUUGAUCUGUCGGAUUCCCUGCAUUUGUUUUGUGCCCUUUACGUGUUUCUGCUUAGACUGGCCAACUCACUUCAUACCUUCACAGAAGCGUGGGACAAUCAUCCUUUGAAGUCUGAAGGAGGAUUGAGCCCCAACCAAUUGUGGGUUAUGGGUCACAUGCAGUCCACUGACCAAAAUGAAGAGGAUUUGCAGGACAUUGAAAUGUUUGGAACUGACUGGAAAACAUUUGACGGUGUCACAGUUGAACCUGUUGGAGUCCAGACAAGGUUUGUGUCCCUGGCCGGUGAUCCACUGCAUGACUCUUCCAACUGUCAACUUUUUAUGGCCAUCUUCAACUUCAGCCUCUACAGUACACAAAGACAAUGUAAAUGGUAA